AUGCAAAGAGACAUUGCAUACUCUGUUCGAGAGGGCCCAGCAGUUCACCGACCUGGGUCAGCAACAUAUCCCUCUCAUGGAGGCCCGAUAUCUCCCCCUCCUACUCCUGUGCCGCAUUCCAUGCCACCAUCUCCGUCAAGGAUUCCCUAUGGAGGAGGACGGCCUCUGGUGGGACAGAGCAACACCACGAUACAAAGGGAAAGGAUUUCCAGCCUACCUGUCUCCCGAUCCAUAUCACCCAGUCCUAGUGCCAUCUUGGAAAGGAGGGAUGUGAAACCAGAUGAGGAUCUGGGCGGCAAAAAUGUCCAGUUAAUGCGCAAUGAUGGCAUGUAUGUGGAACCUUACCUUUACCACGAAGGUCGUAUGAGCGUUGCAUCUUCCCAUGGUGGUCACCCAAUGGACAUGCCAGACCACCUUCUUGCUUUCCACAGGGGAGCAAUGAGAUCUUCUAGCACUUACUCAAACUCUUCUAUGCAAAUGGAGAUGAUGGAACAGUCAGUUUAUAGACAAAAGUCUCGGAAACACUCAGAAAGUCAUUUGCCAACGCUUGGCUCGAAAACUCCUCCGGCCUCUCCUCACAGGGUGACAGAUAUAAGGAUGAUGGAAAUGCAUGGUCACAAUGCCCACGUGCCUCCCCAUGGUAUACAAAGUGAGAGAUCUUCUCCAAUCCGACAGUCAUUUAAAAAAGAACAAGGACCUGGAGUUUUUGUGGAGGCCAAGGUCCGAAACACGGGUGGAAUAAUGGGCAUGGCUGAUAUUGUACCAUCUCCCACUGAAAAACAAGUAUUCAGUGGAUAUGGAGUUCCUUCAACAGCACAAAAAGAUAUUUAUACUCGUGAGAAAGUCAUUAAGUCUGCAAGCAGCACUCCCCCCAUCACAGACAGUCCAGUUCACACUGUAUCCAGUGGAAAGAAUAUAUUAGCGAUUAUUGAAUCUACAGCUGUCAGUCAAGCACCACCUGCUGGUUCAGAAAUGCAAGUUAGUCUGCACGACAUGCGGCGUAAUGUGGCUGAACUGCGUCUUCAGCUGCAUAAAAUGAGGCAGCUGCAGCUGCAGAACCAGGAGAUGGUGCGGGCGAUGAUGAAGAAAGCGGAGCUGGAAAUCAGCAGUAAAGUGACAGACAUGGUCAGGAGCCUGGAGGAUCCGGUGCAGAGACAGCGCGUCCUAGUGGAGCAAGAGCGCCAGAAGUACCUCCAGGACGAGGAACAGAUCGUCAUCAAGUUAGGUGACUUGGAGAAUUUUGUAGAAGAUGUAAAGAAGGACUCCUCCGCUAGAGUUGUUACAUUGAAGGAUGUUGAGGAUCGAGCGUUUAUGCUGCGCCAGAUUGGAGAAGCAGUGUCCAACCUAAAAGGGGAGUUUCCAUACUUACAGAAUAAGAUGAGAGCGGUACUGCGGGUGGAGGUGGAGGCAGUAAGGUUUCUUAAAGAAGAACCCCACAAGCUGGACAGCUUACUGAAGAGGAUCCGAAACAUGACUGACGCCCUAUCAGCCUUAAGAAGGCAAGUUAGUGAUGGACCCUCUAAAGUUGUUGACUUCAAUCCGAAUAACCAGUUUAUCAUCACUGAAAAAGUUUCAGAAACAGAUAUUACCCAACACAGAGAAGAAAAAAGUCAUGCGUACCUUCAGCCAAUGCAGACAGAAGCGGUAAACGUUGCAGAAUCACAGACAGUGUCUGUAAAGUCAGAGGUGGUGCCUCUGUCUGCUGGGGUCAAAGUUCACCAAGUACAAAGCUCACCUGUUCAUAUGCAGCAAUCUCAACACUCUUCAGCACUGGUUAACCAUGUCCAUAACUCCAUUAAUCAGGUUGGUCAUGUGACAGAAGUGUCAGUCAACCAUCAUUCAACAAGUUUACCAGCCUCUGUUGCUCAAGAGCAAUCUCCAGUUGUACAGUCCACCCAGCAUAAUGGGUCCUCUGCACAGAGCCUGUUUAUUGAAGAAAUUCAGCAUGUGGCCUACAGGAAUCGAGCCGUCUCCAUAGAGGAAGCAGAGAGAAAGUUUGAAGAGAAAAGACAAAAUCUGGACCAUUAUAAUGGAAAAGAGUUUGAGAAAAUGUUAGAAGAGGCACAGGCCAAUAUCAUGAAGUCCAUCCCCAGCCUAGAGAUACCACUCAGCUCAGCCUCUGAAAAUGGACAGCGCAGACAAAUUAGAGGUCAUUGAGGGUAACAAGGAAAUUGAACAAGAAAGCGAUAAAUUAACCAAGUCACCUCCUCCACCCCCUCCCCGCCGUAUAUAUCCACCAGCGUCCGGAAUGAGCACCUCAUGGGGUACAGAAAGGCGAGACAGCAAGGACUCUGAAGAGGUCCUUCCAUCCAAGACUGUGAAAACAGAGGCAGAAAUUCCCAGAGUUUCCUCAGCAGUGACCACAGUUAUGUCUUCUUCUGUGAAGGAUGAAGAGGAGGAGGAAGGGGAGAGGAUCAUGGCGGAACUUCAGGCUUUCCAGAAGUGUUCCAUAAUGGAAAUUAAUUCAAAGGUGCAGUAUGAGCCCCCUAAAUCAGAGACACAAGAGAGAGAUUUCAAACCACCAGGUUUAGCUCUGCCCAAGGAGAAGAAGGUGUCAUGCACUAUUUCAAAAGAAUGUUUAAGGCCUGAAAGCCCAAAGCUUGUUGAAAGCACAGAGGACAAGUGGAGAUUUCACUUUCAAAGUUCUGCACCUGAUUCUGCUAAGCGUAGGCAGGAGGACAAAGUUGUUGUUAAUGAACAGUCUACAUACAGUCUGUUCAUAGGUAGGGAUGAAAACAAAAACAAUGAAGAACACAAAGAACCCAAAGGAGAAGAACACACCACUAUAAUUAGUUAUCCAAAAAAUCAGGUUUUAAACCAGUUGAGCUCUCCAGUACUUCCAGAAGCGAGUAAUGAAAGAAUAGAACUCAAGACAGAGUCUUCAAGGUCUACAGUUGUUAAGGUUUCUAAUGUAGAAAAAGUUGUAGAGAACCAGGAUCCUAGCAAAGCUUUGCAAGAACAGGGAAUGCCCUAUUUAGAUUUAGGUCAGACAGUUGUACUACGGCAGAAGAACACAAGGAGGACUGUUAGCCAACCGUCUGAGGACACGGAUUCUCCUGCAAUAUCCCCGACAUCACCAAAUGAACCAAAGUCUCCAGCAGAUACAUUGCCUUUAUGAUAACAAACACAGAAGUUCAAGUCUUGUCUACAGGUGAAGUCCAAGACAUUGUAAACCGAAAGAGAGGCGAGAUCCAGACAGUCAACAUUGAUCGUGAGAACGUAGAGAAGGUUAACUUAGAUACUUCUAUCAAUGCUGGGUCAGAAGAUCCUGUUGUGUGUACAGAUAAGAAGCCAGUCAUUAUUAUAUUUGACGAGCCAAUGGAUAUUAGGUCUGCUUAUAAAAGGCUUUCAACCAUAUUUGAAGAAUGUGAUGAUGAGUUAGAAAAAAUGAUGAUGGAGGCAAAGAUUGAAGAGGAAGAAGAAGAAGAAGAA